ACGAUCCUGGAAUGAAAAAUUAAAAAAUAAGAUGGAAAUUAAAAGCAUAUGAAAUUACAAUUUCGACCUUCUAUUCCUAUCGGCGGUUGAGAACGGUUUGAAUCCAGAACUCCCAGAUCUCCUUGGAUCACGAUGCCGGGACUGGUUUCCGUCAAGACUCCGCCGGAUGCAUCCCCGCUGACGAUUUCUGUUACGGAAGCCGGAUCGGUUUCUGAAUCACGAAAUUCUAAAUUCGCAUCUUCGACUCCAAAGAAGACUCCAUCGCCAUCCACUUCGCGAUCCAGGCCCUCGCCGGAUCGGAAGAAGAAGCCGCCGGAGAGUCCGGUUUUGGACGAGUCCUCGCUGGAUAAUCCGGAUCUCGGUCCUUUCCUUCUGAAGCUGGCGCGCGACGCCAUCGCGUCCGGGGACGGGCCAAACAAAGCGUUGGAGUACGCGCUCCGGGCGUCGAAGUCAUUCGAGCGUUGCGCGGCGGAGGGGGAGCCCAGUUUGGACCUGGCGAUGAGUUUGCACGUUGUGGCGGCGAUUUACUGCAGUUUGGGAAGGUUUGAAGAGGCGAUUCCGGUGCUAGAGCGGGCGAUUGGGGUGCCGGAGGUGGCGAGAGGUGCGGAUCACGCGCUUGCGGCGUUUUCGGGGUAUAUGCAGCUCGGAGAUACGUUUUCGAUGCUUGGACAGGUUGAACGGUCGAUUCAUUGUUACGAGGAAGGGUUGAAGAUACAGAUUGAGGCUUUGGGAGAGACGGAUCCCAGAGUUGGAGAGACUUGCAGGUACUUAGCCGAGGCCCGUGUUCAAGCAAUGCAAUUUGAUGAAGCUGAAAGCCUAUGCAAGAAAACUCUUGAGAUUCACAGUGUGCACAGUGAACCAGCAUCUCUUGAAGAGGCAGCUGAUCGUCGGCUGAUGGCCCUCAUAUGUGAGGCAAAGGGAGAUUAUGAAUCAGCCCUUGAGCAUCUUGUUCUUGCCAGCAUGGCAAUGAUUGCCAAUGGACAAGACAAUGAGGUUGCUGCUAUUGAUGUCAGCAUUGGUAACAUUUAUCUUUCCCUUUGCCGCUAUGAUGAGGCUAUCUUCUCUUACCAGAAGGCCCUCACUGUCUUCAAAUCAUCAAGAGGUGACAACCAUCCUUCUGUUGCCUCUGUUUUUGUACGCCUUGCUGAACUAUACUACAAGACAGGAAAGCUUCGGGAGUCCGGAUCUUACUGUGAAAAUGCACUGAGGAUAUAUGCAAAACCUGUGCCAGGAACCACAGCAGAAGAGAUUGCAGGUGGAAUGACUGAAAUUUCAGCCAUUUAUGAGUCUAUAAAUGAGCCUGAGGAAGCACUAAAGCUCUUGCAGAAGGCACUGAAAUUGUUGGAGGAUAAACCAGGACAACAAAGCACAAUUGCAGGAAUAGAAGCACGGAUGGGUGUAAUGUUUUACUUGGUUGGGAGGUAUGGUGAAGCACGGAGCUCUUUUGAGAGUGCUGUAGCGAAACUUAGGGCCAGUGGGGAGAGGAAAUCACCCUUCUUUGGGGUCGUGUUGAACCAGAUGGGAUUGGCUUGUGUACAGUUGUUCAAGAUAGAUGAGGCUGUUGAGUUGUUUGAAGAAGCAAGGGGAAUACUUGAAAAGGAGUGUGGUCCAUGUCACCAAGAUACCAUUGGAGUAUAUACCAAUCUCGCGGCAACUUAUGAUGCUAUGGGCAGAGUCGAAGAUGCAAUUGAGAUACUGGAGUAUGUUCUCAAAUUGAGAGAAGAACAGCUUGGAACAGCAAACCCUGAUUUUGAUGAUGAGAAGAAAAGGUUAUCUGAGCUCCUGAAGGAAGCAGGCAAGGCCCGUAACAGAAAAGCAAAGUCUCUGCAAAACCUCAUUGAUCCUAACUCCAAGAGGACAAAAAAAGAAACAAAGAGAUGGUCUGGUUUAGGUUUCAGAAUUGGAUAAAGGAUCGUCUUUCACUUACUCUCUGUUUUCUCACACGUGCGCAUUCUGUACCAUAGAAGACAAUGUAUAGGGUUGUAAUUUGGUGAGGCUUCCUGUUUCUUGAGCUUGAGAUCUCGGUUUGUUUUUCUUUCUGUUAAUUAUUUGAUUGAAUAUUUGUGUUGUGACCCUGAAACCGUUCAUUGAGAAAAAAUUCAUUUGGAGUGAAUAAAUUCAUACCCUCAGUUGGUUUUUCAUCAUAAAA